GGUGAAAUGUGAUAUACUUUACAGCACGAAAGCCGUACUGCCCAUUAGUACACUUAAGCCGAAACACCCGUAUGCACAAGUCUACAUACACGUGAAUAACACAUACAUACAAUUAGCUAAUACAUGCACGUACAUACAAGUAGUUUAUUAAUACUCACACUCUCAUACAAAUAGUUCAUCACGACAGAUCCGCUACAUACACGCUAGUCAUACACGCUAAUAUGGAGUACAUCCAGCCCAUCGCACGCUCCUCUCUCACCCCCAACGACGACCCACCUGCAGCUGACGUUGUAGAUGUGCCGGGUGUUGGUAUAAUAGAUGUACCCGAGAUUAACCUCGCGACCGUUGUUCCUGCACUCGCAGGUCCAAUCAGUCCCUCAGGCAAUACCAAAGACACUGAAAGUACUGACAGAGACGGUGGAAGUGCUGAAACCAACACAGAAAGCGAAGCUAAAGAUGUGCAUGUAGAUAAUCAAUCAUCUGGUGGUAGUACAGUUGCAGUCCCAUUGCCUGUGGAAACACCUUUGAGCGACAUAGCGGCCGAUGAGGUCAAUGCAAUGCUACCCCCACCGCCAUCAGACUCCGCACAGUUCGACGACAGUGACGUAGAAGUAUCAAGUGAUGCGAACGCACAGCCUUCCGCAUCACCUGUGCCUGCAUACGAGAGCGGAGACGAUGAUAUUAAACCCACCCCCAGUGUAACUGUAACUGAUAUCGAUGAGAACAGCAUCAACUUUGAUGACAGCAAUACUAGUCAAGCGCUUGGCUCGAUGGCACCCCGAGAAACGCCUGCGAGGGAGUUUAGUGAUCAGGUGGAUCUGUUAAAGAUGGGCAAUGGCAUUGAGAGCGAGUUUGAGCGCAUUAACCAGGAAUCCAAGCAGAAGGCUCAGAGCUUAACCACCAAUAUUGGAUCAGCACAGAAAAACUCGUACAAGAACGCCGAGGGUGCACCUUUGCCUUACGACCACUCGAUUGUGGAAUUAGAAGGAGAGGAUCUGUACUACAACGCAAACCUGAUUUCGGGCAAGCAAAAAGGAGAUCGCCAAUACAUAGCCGCACAGGGCCCAACCGAGGCCACGUUCAAGGACUUCUGGACCAUGAUCUGGCAGGAGGAGGUGCACGUGAUUGUCAUGGUUGCUGACGACAAUGAGGUGUACAAAUACUGGACAGACAAAGACGAGAGCCAGCCGGUAUCCGAGGUCUUGGAUGUUAUGACCACCGAGUUGUUUGACUAUGGCAAAUUCUUGCUACGCGUCUUGUCACUGUCCGACUAUGAGACUGAGGAGAGCAGAUGGAUCUACCAGAUUCAGCACAAAGACUUCAACAGUUUCAACGUGGAUGGAUUCAAGGAUCUGCUAAAGUUCAUCGAUCACUACGAGUCACAGUCGCCUGGGAAGACUGUGUUGGUGCACUGUGUCCAUGGGUGCGGCCGCACGGGAACAGUCAUUGCUGCGGACAUCAUGAAGAACAAGCUGGAGGCCAACCCAGACAUGGAUAUUGACCUCCCCUCACUUGUUAAGAACCUCCGAGAGGAGCGGGCAAGUCUUAUCGCUAGUGUGGACAACUACGCGUUCUUGUACGAGUACGUAGCCAGCCUAACCCGUGACAUCCACGGUCAGAAGGAGAAGGAAUCGGCACCCCCCACACCUGAACCUCAGCUACUCAAGUCCGGCGAUGAGGACGAAGGUCGCAAACGCAGUGGCUCUGCUGUGUACAAGCCCACCAGCAAGGAUGUCCCCCACUACUAUCGCGACUCUAUAACUCCCAUGGAUAAACCGAUCGACGUACCCGAUGAGUUCGACGAGCGUCAGGCCAAACGAGGCCCGCCCCGCCCCCCAGCCCCCAAGCGACCCCCUCCCCCUCCGUCCACAGUUAUUCGUGGUGUAAGCUCCACACGAGGUCCACCUAAAAGUCCGGCUAGAAGUCCAGCAUUGGGCUCGGUCUCAAAUACACCUUCACGCCAGGCUAGUGUGUCUGGUCACGGAACUGUACACUUUGGAGAUGAUGCGGUCGAACCCUUGGACCCACCUAUUUUGGUCAAGAAGAGGAGUUUCUUGCAAAGAAUGUCGCACAAGAUCAAGAAGACGGCUAAGUACGGCAACAUCCCCAUGAUCCGACCGCAGAAGGGUGAGCACAAACUCGAACACAAGAUGAAGAAGGCCGAGAGCCAGUACAUGGAACCUACUUUGGUGUCUGAAUGGAUUGAUAAGCUGAACUCGGAUGAAAAGGCGCCCACAUUAACGCUCUCGCCACCCGAAGCGGAGAGGAAGGUUGCGCCUUCACUGGACAAGUCCAUCGGACUCAUCUCAUACGAAGCGUUGAAGGUUGAUAACUGGUUUGCGCGCCCGAAGGGUCCCAGAUCCAUGCCUCUGCAGUGGUUCCAGGGCUUGCCACCCACAAACGAGUACUAAAAUAUCGAUAUAUAUUCGAGAGAGGCAUGAAAGCCAACCACUAAGCAAUCAAUAUUGUAAAUAAAAUUUAUUUGUUGCACAACAUCACUCAGUAGUUGGAAAAUGGUCGUCUACCAGUGAGAUUUUCUUUUA